CAUACACGCCUCAGUGCACGGCCAUACGAUGCAACGAUUGCACGCUCUAAAAGAUUUAUAGAUAAAUGCAGUUCCCGGUGAAAAUAGAUAAAUGCCAGUGCUCAAGUAUUUUCUGCACAUUUCAAUAGACGCAACCGUUUGAAGUGGACAUUGGUCCAGUGUUGGGACUGGACUGACGCGGUUUCUAAUCAAAAUGCAGUGCCGCGGAAGUUUUGUCCUGGUGUGCUUGAGUGUGCUUGCUGUGGCUUCGGCUGGAACUUUUGGAGAUGGACUAAAACUUUUAGGGAAGGUGUACAAGAACUGCGAACACUCCCAGGAAAUUAUAAAGUGCUUUAAGAUCCAUGCCGCAAAAUUUGCUGACCGUGCAGCCCGAAUGGAAACGUUACCGAUUCUGGAUGGUGUGGCCUUAGUGAAGAGAUCGGAUUUAGGGAGAGCGUUCCCCUCAUCGUUGCCUGAAGGCGAUCUGAAUUCAUUACCUUCUGAUCAAGUUGACAAAUAUCUCAAUUUAGCUACUACAAAGUUGCUGCAAACUCAUCGGGUUGUGAUAUCACCAAGUGCUGUAGGUGACGAUGUCGGAAGAUCGUUAAAUGAAGCUAGAGGAAAAUUGAAGAAGAUGAUUGGACCGAUCAUUGCAGGUGUUGCUAUUAAAGGUGGGUUUUUAGCAAUAGCGUUCCAGGCGAUUGCUCUUAUUGCUGGAAAAGCACUUCUUAUUGGCAAGAUAGCGUUGUUACUUUCGGCGAUUAUUGGACUGAAGAAGUUGGUAUCUGGCGGAGAAUCCCACGAGAAGACCACCUAUGAGAUCGUGAAACAUCCUCAAGUUUCACAGAGUCAUACUUAUUCGUCAUCCCAUUACGGAAGCGACUUCGAUACGACUGGCCCAGGUGGUCACUAUAGGAGAAGUGUUGAAGAUGAGGCUGCAGCCCAGGAUAGAGCUUACCGAGCUUAUGCCAAACAGCAAUAGAUGUAAGAUGCAUUAAGAAUGAGACUUACGACUCUUAACAAAAACAACGACGAUCAGAUGGGCAUUAUAAUACGUAGCUCGAACGGAUGUAUUUUGGCCCUUUUGCUAAUUAAUGCAAAUAGGAAACAAAGAUUAUUUAUAUUAGAUAUUGUAAUGCUUGGAAUCGAUUUAGAAGAAACAUAUAAAUGCUAAUAACAAUAUUAUAUAGUAGAAUAAUAUAUGUCGCUGUAUACAAAUACAUAAUCGUAUUUAUAAAGAUAUAUUAAUGCAAUUAUAAAUUUAAUUUAUUUAUUAGUAUUGUAAAUAAGAAUGAUAAUAUAUCUUUGGGUAUAGCAUUAAUAUUAAUGGAGAUAGUAUUAUAAAUAUUGUAUAAUCGCUUGCACCAAAUAAUUAUUGGGAAAUGAAUGAUGAUAGAUGACAUAAUGAUAUAUAAUAGCUUAUGUAAUAAAUAUUUUCUAAGUUCUAGGCUAGUCGACGGGUAUUGUGCAUUUCUUUCUUAAAGCGUUCAAUUGUCCAAUUUUGUAUAAAAUAAUGUUAAGACUAGUUAUGUGAAGAAAAUAUGAUAUUUAUUUUAUUUAUAAGGGUGCUUUUUUAGAUUAAGUAGUUGAAUGUUUGUUUCCCUUUUUUUACCUUUUAUCUUUUAUAAAUUAUCAGUAAUAAGGUGGUUACGCGAGUACCUUUAAUAUAAAUAUUUAUUUACAAAAAUAUUAUGUAACUAAGUAUGUCACUAUUAUUGUGUAACAAUAAUCAUAGCUCAAUUAUAAUAAUAAAUGAUGAUGAAAUAUAUUCUAAUUAUGAACUAAAAUGGAAUAUAUUUAGAGAUCAUAAAGAUAUAUACUGAUCAGUUUGUUUUAUUUGGGGACCACAUAGAUGUGACAAUUACGGCCAUGGUUGAAGGAAAUAAAAAUAUUUGUGAAGUA